UCAACAAUUUCGCAUUUCGCUAAUUUAUGUACCUACAAUUUGCUUUGUAAAUUUAAAAUUGUAAAAUUUAUCAAAUUUCAUCAAUAUUCUAAAUACUAAACAUGGAUUUUGAAAGUCCAGACGUGGAAAAAGAUUUUCCAGGGCUCUAUGCCUCAGAGGCUGGUCGUAAAAGCAAUGAAAGCGACUUCAGCGACGGAGGGGAACACGAAAAACCUAGUAAGAAAGGUUUGUUGGGACAACGCAAGGAUAAAAAAGAAAAGAAAGAUAGAGGCUAUGCCGCACUAGAAGGGGAAAGUUCACCAGAAGAGGACACAGACACAAAAAGUCCAUCAAAAUCAAAGAAGACCAAGUCAUUUAAAUUUCCAACUAAGAGUAAAGAAAAAAGGGAAAAGUCAAGAGACAAGGAAAAGGUGCUAGAAGAAGCAGUAAAGCAAAAGGAGUUGACUGAGAAAGAGAAAAAGAAGGAAAAGGAGAGGGAAAAAGAAAGAGAGAAGGAAAAAAAAGAGAAAGAAAAGAGAGAGAAACUAAGAGAAAAAGAUAAGGAGAAAGAAGAGAAAGCUAAAUUCAAACUCGAGUCCAAAGAAAAAUUAAAAGAUGACAAAAAGGACAAAACUAAAGAAAAGGACAAGGAAAAGGUGAAAGAAAAAGACAAGGAAAAAGUAAAGGAGAAAGAGAAGGAGAAGGUUAAGGAAAAGGACAAAGAGAAAGUGAAGGAAAAAGAUAAAGACAAGAAGGAGAAGAAAUUGACAAAAGUGCCAUCUACCGUCACUUCUGGAGUACCAUUUGAGGAGAUCUUCACAUUAGGAGUUGCGCUGCCCAUAUUCGGAGUCCCGCUGCACCAGAGCGUGGAACGCUCGCGAUGCCACGACGACGCCGGCCUGCCGCUCAUAGUCAGGGACAGCAUAGAUUUCCUACAGGCAAACGGUCUGAAAUCCAACCAAAUAUACCGCACGGAGCCGGACAAGAUCAAGCUGCAGCAGCUACGCAAGCUGUACAUGGACAGAUCUCCCGCCUUCCCCUACCAUUGGGACGUGCCCGUAGCUUGGACUAUAUUGAAGAACUUCAUUAGUGAGCUACCGGACUCCAUCCUCACGUGCGAGCUACAAGCCCAGUUCGAGCAGGCGACCGCCAUGAGCGAGCAGGCGCGCGACGCGGCGGUCCCCGCGCUGCUGGGCAAGCUGCCCGCGCCCAACCUCAGCUUGCUGGCCUGGCUGAUGAGGCACUUCGAAGCCGUCGUCGCUAACGAGCAGUACAACCACGUGAACAUCAACACGAUCGCUACAGCGAUGGGCUCCGCUCUCAAUAUGUCACUCAACCUCCUCACAUACUUCGUCACAAAAGCAGACAAGUUGUUCCCCGAUGUAAAACUGACCAAAUACGUACCACCUUUACCGUCCAUUCCGGCCGACUUUCCCGAGACAGCGGCGGAACUAAGCGCUGAGCUGCGGAAACAGGAGUCGCUACUGAGUCAGAUACACGCGGAGAUGCACGCCGGCUUCACCUCGCCCGCCAGCGACCAUCGCCUGUGGGAGGCGCAGCGCAUCGUCACGCAACUCAAGAGGAAGCUGCGUACGCUGCAGAAGUCGGUGGAGCCAAACGCACCUCCGUCACAACAGGUGUCAAUUGACGAGAAAGCGGAUGAUGAACCGGCAGCUCUCAGGAAGAAUUCCGUGCAAGAAACUACGACAGCAGUAGUAGAAGAAGCCAAGUCUGCCGACGUCACAGACUCAGGGGAAUUACCGAAAGAUGAAAUAAAAGAGUCUCCCAAAUUACCAGAACCAACAUUCCCAGUGGAGUUCGAAGAUAACUUCGAAAACGAUGCAAAGUUUGAAGUUAAAUUCGACAAAACUGAAAAGUUUGAAGCUAAAUUCGACGAAAAUGAUAAGUUUGAAGCUAAAUUUGACGAAAAUGAAAAGUUUGAUGCUAAAUUUGACGAAAAUGAAAAGUUUGAUGCUAAAUUUGACGAUGAAAGUGAAACAUUUGACGCUAAAUUCGAGAGUAAACUCGAACCGUUUGAAGCUAAGUUUGACGCAGAGAAUGAGGCGUUUGGCGUUAAAUUCGAUGACAAAGUUGACUUCAAAUUCGAAGACAAGAGUGAUUUCAAAUUUGAAGACGAUUUAAGCGAACCGAAACUUGAGGAAAUAAAAGAUAAACCAAAAUUCACAGAAAAAGAACUCAAAGUUCUAAGACUACAAUUGGAGAAUGCUGAAUAUUUGCAACUGAAGUCUUUACUACAAGCUAAAAUUAAUUCCGAACAGUUUGAAAUCGUCAAACUAAGAAGUUACCUAGCAUUAAAGAAUAAACAAGAGGGAGCACAGAAUAGCAAAGAAUAUAAAGAAAUGAAUCCACAGGAGGAACAGGAGUUGAAACAGAGGUUGAUGAAAGAGAAUGCAAUGCUAGAACAGAAAAGACUGAACCUUAUAAACCAGAUAUUCCAAGAGCGAGUCGCCUGCAUACAUCUUAAAGUAGAGUUAGCCAUGAAAGAAAUAUUAUCUACGUCUUAAAUGUUUAAUCAGAAUCGAGUAGGAAUAAAUUUUGUUAAAACAGUGGAGCGAGACAGAUGGAAGACCUUGAGGGAGGCCUUUGCCCAGCAGUGGGAUAGGUUUUCUUGCCAUUUAUAAUCUACAUAGUACUUAGAAAAUGGCAGCAAUAAACAAUAUAAACAGUAUAAUUUUAUGAGUAACAAAAACUAACAUUUCUUAUGAUUUCUGUCAAUUAUUCGACCAUUAAAUACUCUAUCUGUGCCGAAUUUGAAGGUAGUCACAGUUUGAACACUUUGAUAAAAUUUAUUCUUGCUUGAUGUAGUAAGUUAUUUAUAAAUUA